AUGGCAAACAUCCCACAAUCCAUCAAAGACACUUUACGGAAAUUCCGUUUCGCGCGUCGCAAUGCUGGAAGCGCUGCGCUUGUCAUCAAGAUCAACAAGAAGGAUUUAAUCAUGGAAGAGGUCGAGCAGUUCGAGAAUAUCAGUAUAGACGAACUUGCGGAAGAGUUACCGGAGAACUCCCCAAGAUAUGUCGUGUUGUCGUACGAGCUACACCACUCAGAUGGUCGCAAGUCAUUCCCGCUGGUCUUAAUCAAUUGGGCACCCACAUCGAGUGAGAUCGGCACCCUCACCCUCCAUGCAAGUGCUCUCCUCAAUUUCCAAAACACUGCCGAUGUAAGCAAGGUAAUCGAGAUUCGUGACGGACCAGAGGGGCUCACGAAGGAGGUCAUCGACGCUAAACUUCUCGCUUAA